UGGUGGCUGCAGCGCGCUGUCUGUCGGUGCUGGAGGAAAGCACGCAGACGAUGAUGAUGCGAUCUAGCUAUGUGAAGUGGCUUGUCUUGUUCACAUCUGUUUUUCACAUCACGGUAGCUGCAGGUAUCAAUGAGUGCCAAUCUCUACCAUGUCGGAAUGGAGCCAACUGUGAGGAUGGUGUCAAUGGCUAUAAUUGUACAUGUGUGCCGGGUUUUAUUGGAGUGUUAUGUGAAAUGGAAGUGAAUGAAUGCGAUUCAUCACCAUGUCAAAACAAUGCUACAUGCUCUGAUCAAGUGAAUAGAUAUCAGUGUCAAUGUGUGGCUGGUUAUAUGGGACAGCAGUGUGAAACAGAAAUUGAUGAAUGUGCUUCAAAUCCUUGUCAGAAUGGCAGUACUUGCACAGAUCUACGGGCUGGCUAUACAUGUAACUGUGUUGAAGGCUACACUGGACUACACUGUGAAAUUGAUUCUAAUGAAUGUGAUUCAUCACCAUGUCAAAACAAUGCUACAUGCUCUGAUCAAGUGAAUAGAUAUCAGUGUCAAUGUAUGGCUGGUUAUAUGGGACAGCAGUGUGAAACAGAUAUCAACGAGUGCCAAUCUCUACCAUGUCGGAAUGGAGCCAACUGUGAAGAUGGUGUCAAUGGCUAUAAUUGUACAUGUGUGCCGGGUUUUAUUGGAGUGUUAUGUGAAAUGGAAGUGAAUGAAUGCGAUUCAUCACCAUGCCAAAACAAUGCUACAUGCUCUGAUCAAGUGAAUAGAUAUCAGUGUCAAUGUGUGGCUGGUUAUAUGGGACAGCAGUGUGAAACAGAAAUUGAUGAAUGUGCUUCAAAUCCUUGUCAAAAUGGCAGUACUUGCACAGACCUACGGGCUGGCUAUACAUGUAACUGUGUUGAAGGCUACACUGGACUACACUGUGAAAUUGAUUCUAAUGAAUGUGAUUUAUCACCAUGUCAAAACAAUGCUACAUGCACUGAUGGAGUGAAUAGAUAUCAGUGUCAAUGUAUGGCUGGUUAUAUGGGACAGCAGUGUGAAACAGAAAUUGACGAAUGUGCUUCAAAUCCUUGUCAGAAUGGCAGUACUUGCACAGAUCUACGGGCUGGCUAUACAUGUAACUGUGUUGAAGGAUACACUGGACUCCCCUGUGAAAUUGACUCUAACGAAUGUGAUAGUGAACCAUGUUUCAAUAGUGGAGUUUGCACAGACCUUAUCAAUGGUUUUGAAUGUACCUGUGCAGGUAACUUCAGUGGAACAUUUUGUCAAAUUGUAUCAAACAUAACGGUUCCGUGCAACGGCUGCCCAUCGUUGAUGACACCAUCGAAUGGUACAAAGAGUUCUGAGGACACUAGUUGUGGUGUAAUGGUUAAUUUCAGUUGCAACGAAGGCUUCACAUUAUCAGGGAAGUCUUCUUUCGUUUGUUUGACGAAUGGAAUGUGGGAUACCGAUGGCAUUGCUCCACAAUGCAAGGUAACCCCUACACUCUCAGCAAGAGAUGCUGAUCUAACAACCGCUGAAGUCGUUGGUCUCAGUGUUGGUGUUCUUGGAGGUCUUGGUCUCAUCCUAGUCAUUAUUUUGUACAUGUAUUGCAGAAUAUGUACUGGGAAAGUGAAACCACAAGUAGUGAUACCCGGACACUCUAACCAGUGAAACCUUCUGCGGAUCUUACACAAACACUGCUGAUGAUGCAAGGGAUGACUGACGUUUACAUGCAGCUAGCUAGUGCAUAACUGAUUGCGUCUUGUCUGUAUUUGUUUGCAUGUCUAAGCUGGAGUUGAGAACUAGUUUUUGCUCUGUAAGGAUGUUUUUGUAAUUGCGUGCGCGCAGUGAAUGAUUUUGGUGUUAUGAUGGUCUGGUGGU